GCUCCAGCAACCAGUCCGCUCCGCGAUUACGUUCAGAGUGUACGCGUGUUUCAUCCAGUGACCAAACUAUAUACGACAUUAUGUCCACGAAAGACGGAGGCCCUGUGAUCUGCAACAGCUGCAAUGCAGCUAUCAGCGGCAGAAUAGUGACAGCGCUCAACAAGAAGUGGCACCCCGAGCACUUCACGUGCAACACGUGCCGGAAGCCGAUCGACGGCGCCAAGUUCCACCAGCACGACGGCGGCGUGCACUGCGUGCCCUGCUACUCCGAGCACCACAGCCCGCGCUGCCAUGGCUGCGGGGACCCCAUCACUGACCGCGUGAUCCAGGCCCUGGGCGCGUCGUGGCACGCGCACCACUUCGUGUGCGGCGGCUGCCGGAAGGAAUUGGGCGGAGGAGGCUUUAUGGAACAGGCGGGGCGGCCGUACUGCUCGUCGUGCUACGCGGACAAGUUCGCGUCGCGCUGCGCGGGCUGCGGCACCCCCAUCGUGGACAAGGCCAUCAUCGCGCUGGACGCCAAGUGGCAUCGCGAGUGCUUCACCUGCACCAAAUGCAGAAAUCCCGUCACGGAUUCCACAUUCUCGGUUCUGGACAACAAACCAUUGUGCGGAAAAUGCGCAUAAACACACAAACACACGCACGCACACAAACACACGUUACUACGUAUUAUACUAUUUAUUAUCACACACACUGGUCCCAUCGACAGAAUCCAAAGUGCACUUACCACACUGCCCAUUUCAAAUUCACCUAAAAUGUUAAUAUUAUUUCUCGUCACUAAAGUUGAAACUGUAUGAUUGUUGGAAUGGUAUGCGGGGCGCAGCAAACACGUAGUACCGCCCCGCCCACUUUUUCUACUUUCGUGCCGUGAACAGUACGAGUAAUAUGCUUGAAACUCGGUAGUUUAAGGAGUUAUUUAUUACAGCUACACCAUCCUUUGAUCUUUGUUAUGAUGACGGUUUGUUAACGAAACGAACAAAGUUAACAAUCGCAUUAAUUGAACAUAGAUUUGACGUAACCCACAAUGUUUGACCUUGACCGAUCUUUCGACUCAAUAACAAAUCGUGUUUCUAUAUGUCGACCAAUAAAACAUAAUCAAAUAUCUUUUUGACAAUAAGAUACGGCCGAUCGUUGCCCAAUUAUAUAUGAAUCGGUUAGGUGUAAUAACGCUAUCUGUAUACUCUACUGUUUCUUGUAAGGAAUUAGAGCUCAACAAUCCAAGAACUGAAAUCUUUAAGGUCGAAUGCACUUGUAGCUUAGAGACUACGAUUAGUUGUAGGAGAUAGAGGAUUAUAAGCCAUGUCCAAACAUGCCUGACAAACAAUUGAAUAUUAUUACAAACAGAAUGUUUCACGGAUAUUUUUCUAUUAAGCUUAAAAUUGUAAUGCACAAAGACAUUUUCGUUGUAAAUAAUUCUAGUUGUUAAUGAUUAAUAUAAAAAAAAUAUUAUAAUCUAUUUAUUACUAAGUUAUUAAUAAGCUUGGGCUGUCGGACGUAAAAGCAUUAUUAUGUUACAAAGUUACAAAAUUUUUAUACGCUUUCGCGGAACUUUUUUUUUUUAAUAAACCAUUUGUUCU